UUACUGGAGGGCCAGAGAGAGAGACGGAGCGGGGCAGCAGCACGACGCACACGGGCGGCCAUACGGCGAGGCUAUAUUGGGCGGAUAGUAGCGGCUGGAAGUUGGUUGAGACCGGCGUUUCGGGGCUGUUUCGGGCUGCGGGAGGAGCGGAGCGGUCGUGGGCCGUGUGCGCUGCGGGUGUGCGGUUUAUUGGGGCUGUUGGAGGAGCUGGGGUCUCCAGCGCGGCGCUCUAACACAGCUCAGCACAGCUCGGGUUCAACACGAGCGAGGAAAAACACACUUUUCUGAGCUCCGGAGACACGAAACACGCGGUCUCGCGCGGAUUUACGGCGGCGUUCUCUGUGUUUUUCCUCUCAAUCAGGGAUUUGCGUUUCUCCAGGAGCCAUGCAGGAGCACGGGACGACCUGUGGAGUGGAUUAACUCCAGCUCACUGGGACUGAAAGCGUGGAGCUGUUUUGGACUUUUGGGCCAAAAUCUGCAGUGAAUAAUCAGCGCUGGGGCGAGGGCUGGAGCAGGGGGUCAGAAACCGGGAUUAAUCCAGUGGGUUUCGUGUGUUUUCUCGGAUAUCUGAGCCUUAAAGUGGCCUCUGGGCCGCGCAGGCCUCCGCCAGCUACUUCAACCCCAACUGCCCAGCCAGCUCUCUGGGACAUUACACCCCUCCCUCCCCACCCACCUCAGCUCGGCUCACCCCCUCCACCGCCUCCUCUAACGCGAAUGCACAUGUGCGGGCGGCUCGAGACAGCAGCGGCAACAACAUGAUUAGCAUCCGUUUAUUUUGUGGCAGAAUACAGGACCAUGUUAUUUAACGGGGGGUCUCGCGCUUCUUCCCCACGCUGAGGAAAACAAAAACACCAGCAGCAGGAGCAGCACGCUGUGUGCGCGCGCGUGUGUGUGUUUAGGAGAGAGAGAGGGAGGGCUGAACUCUGCGUCUCACUUUUUUAUACGUUUUUUACGCGUUUUCCUCCUUCGCUCGUAGAAGCGUGGUGUUUGUGUGUGUUUUUUUUCCGAUAAAGCGCGUGCACUUUGUCCCGGGAGCCUUUUACCGUCCGGCGGCUGAAGCGGAGCGCAGACACAGGGCGGGAGUGAUGGUGCGCGCGGGUCCGGCGGCGCUGCUGCUGUGGGUGGCGGCCGCGCUCGUGCUCUGCCACUGCGGGACCGGAGAGAUCUGUCCCAGCAAGGACAUCCGCAACAACGUGACCAACCUGCGACUGCUGGAGAACUGCACGGUCAUCGAGGGCCACCUGAAGAUCCUGCUGAUGUUCAAAACCCGAGCCGAGGACUUCAGGGGCCUGAGCUUCCCGAAACUGGUCAUGAUCACCGACUACCUGCUGCUGUUCAGAGUUUACGGCCUGGAGAGCCUCAGCGACCUGUUCCCCAACCUGACGGUCAUCCGCGGCAACAACCUGUUCUUCAACUACGCGCUGGUGAUGUUUGAGAUGCUGCAGCUGAAGGAGGUCGGCCUGCACAGCCUGAUGAACAUCACUCGCGGCGCAGUGCGCAUGGAGAAGAACCCUGACCUCUGCUACCUCUCCACUCUCGACUGGUCCAAGAUCCUCGACACUGUGGAGGACAACUACAUCGUGGCCAAUAAGAAUGAGCGGGAGUGUGGAGAUAUCUGCCCCGGUACCAUCGUUGGGAAAAUCACCUGCGUCCAGACCACCAUCAACGGCCACUUUGGAGAACGCUGCUGGAAUCAGGACAACUGCCAGAGAAUCUGUCCAGCAGCAUGUAAACACCGUGCCUGCACCCUCGAUGAUCGCUGCUGCCACGACAAGUGUCUGGGAGGCUGUUCUGAACCGGGCAAUGCCAGUGCCUGCGUGGCCUGCCGAAAUCUUCUUUACGGCAACAUGUGCGUGGACCGCUGCCCUCCAGAUCACUACAUCUUUAAAGGCUGGCGCUGCGUCUCCUUUGCCUUCUGUCAGGACCUCCACAACCGGUGCAAGCAGAAGAAGGCCAGCGACUGCCACCAGUACGUCAUCCACAAUGGAGCUUGCAUCCCAGAAUGCCCCUCUGGAUUCACUAUCGUUGAUGCAACGCUGAACUGCAAACCCUGUGCUGGGCUCUGUCCGAAGCUGUGUACUGGACUGCAGACCAUAGACUCGGUUACUGCAGCUCAGGCUCUGCGGGGCUGCACUGUCCUAAACGGCAGCCUGGUCAUCAAAAUCCGUGGCGGGAAUAAUAUUGCGGCUGAGCUGGAGGCUAACCUUGGUCAGCUGGAGGAAAUCACAGGCUAUCUCACCAUCCGCAGAGCGUACGCCCUCGUCUCCCUCUCCUUCCUUCGCAAACUCCGCCUCAUCCGUGGAGAGACACAGGAAAUCGGAAACUACUCCUUCUAUGCCCUGGACAACCAAAAUCUGCGUCAGCUGUGGGACUGGUCCAAGCACAACCUGACCAUCCUGCAGGGCCGCAUGUUUUUCCAUUAUAACGCUAAACUCUGCCUCUCCGAAAUCCGCAAGAUGGAAGAAGUGACUGGGACCAAAGACCGGCACACUAAAAACGAUAUCGCCCUCCGCACCAACGGAGACCAGGCGUCCUGUGAAAACCGCCAGCUCAACUUCACCCAGAUCAGAGUCUCAUCCAAAAAUAUCAUGAUCAGGUGGGAACCGUUCUGGCCACCGGACUUCCGAGACCUGCUGGGAUUCAUGGUCCUCUAUAAAGAAGCGCCGUAUAAAAACGUGACUGAGUUUGAUGGGCAGGAUGCGUGCGGGUCUAACAGCUGGGUGAUUACCGAUGUAGAACCACCACCACGAGCGACUGAUGGAAAUAAGCCUGGAGAUCCAGGCUGUGUCCUCAUGCCCCUAAAGCCCUGGACGCAGUAUGCCAUCAUGGUCAAAACUCAGCUUUCUGUCAGUGAUGAGCACCAGGUGCACGGAGCCAAGAGUGAAAUCAUCUACGUCCUUACCAACCAGACCCGACCGUCAGUUCCGCUGGACCCUAUCUCCUCCUCCAAUUCUUCCUCUCAGAUCAUUCUGAAGUGGAAGCCCCCCGCUGACCCCAAUGGGAACAUCACACACUAUCGCGUGGCUUACCAGAAACAGGAGGAGGACAGUGAGCUCUACAAGUUUGAUUACUGUCAGAAAGGAAUGAAGCUUCCAUCCCGGGCACCCACACACUACACAACAGAGGAAGAGCAGAAGUGGAACCAGACUGAGGAGCAGGGUGAGACCAGCAGCUGUUGCGCUUGCCCCAAAACUGAAACAGAGCUGAAGAAAGAGGCAGAAGAGACGGAGUUUCGCAAAACCUUUGAGAACUACAUCCACAAUGAGGUCUUCGAACCCAAACCAUCCCGUCGCCGCCGGUCAUUGGGAAUAGCUAACUCCACCCACUCCACCCUCCUGAUCACACCCCCCACCUUCCCAAAUGUCUCCGCCCCCACUAUAGGCCCAGAGGAACAGAAGAAAAAGCAGGUCCUCAUAGUUAGCUCCAAAGAGUCCAUCGUCAUCUCCCACCUUCAUCACUUCACUAGCUACCAGAUCGAGAUCCAGGCCUGUAAUCACCUUACCGACAUUGCCUUCUGCAGCAUGGCCACCUACGUCAGCGCACGCACCAUGCCUGAAGUCAAAGCUGACGAUAUCUUCGGAGCAGUCACUCAUGAGAUCCUUCCAGAAGAGCCGGAGUUUGUUUACAUCCACUGGCAGGAACCGAAAGCUCCAAAUGGCAUGAUUGUUCUGUAUGAGAUUAACUACCGUCGAGUUUCUGAUACUGAGGAAUUGCAUCACUGUGUGUCCAGGAUUAGUUAUGAGAAGACCAGGGGCUGCAAACUGAGAGUUGGUCAUCCUGGGAACUACAGCGUCCGAAUCAGAGCUACUUCCUUGGCUGGAAAUGGCUCCUGGACUGAACCCACAUACUUCUUCAUGCCAGACAAUUACAUGAACGUGAAGAUCAUCAUCGGCCCGGUCAUUCUUCUAAUCAUUGUGCUCCUCAUUGGAAGUGCAGCCUUUGUAGUUCUCAGGAAAAAGCAAACUGAAGGACCCACAGGCCCCCUAAUUGCCUCCUCAAAUCCGGAGUACAUCAGCGCUAACGACGUGUAUGUUCCUGAUGACUGGGAGGUGGCACGUGAGAAGAUUACAGUUCUGCGGGAGCUGGGACAGGGCUCGUUUGGGAUGGUGUAUGAGGGUAUUGCGAAAGACAUUGUAAAGGGUGAGCCAGAAACACGAGUGGCUGUGAAGACAGUGAAUGAAUCUGCGAGUCUGAGGGAGCGCAUAGAGUUCCUUAAUGAAGCUUCAGUCAUGAAGGCUUUCAGCUGUCAUCAUGUGGUGCGUCUGCUGGGUGUGGUGUCAAAGGGGCAGCCUACACUGGUUGUGAUGGAGCUAAUGACACAUGGUGAUCUAAAGAGCUACCUGCGCUCACUUAGACCUGAUGCUGAGAAUAACCCUGGCCGUCCACCUCCCACACUGAAGGAGAUGAUCCAGAUGGCAGCUGAGAUCGCUGAUGGUAUGGCCUACCUCAACGCAAAGAAGUUUGUGCACAGAGACCUUGCUGCUAGAAACUGCAUGGUGGCUGAGGACUUCACUGUAAAAAUUGGAGAUUUUGGCAUGACGCGAGAUAUUUACGAGACAGAUUAUUAUCGGAAAGGAGGAAAGGGCUUGUUACCAGUCCGGUGGAUGGCCCCGGAGUCUUUGAAAGACGGGGUUUUUACAGCACACUCAGACUGCUGGUCUUUCGGUGUGGUUCUGUGGGAGAUCAGUACAUUAGCAGAGCAGCCUUAUCAGGGACUGUCCAAUGAGCAGGUGCUGAAAUUUGUCAUGGAUGGAGGAUAUCUGGACCGGCCAGAGAGCUGCGCAGAGAGAAUAAAUAACCUAAUGCAGAUGUGCUGGCAGUACAACCCGAAGAUGCGGCCUACCUUCAACGAAAUCAUCGAGAUGCUGAAGGACGACCUGCAUCCAUCCUUCCAGGAGGUCUCAUUCUUCUACAGUGAGGAGAACAAGCCUCCAGAGAGCGAGGAGUUCGACAUGGACUUCGAGAACAUGGAAAGCAUCCCCCUGGACCCCUCAUCCUACUCGCAAAGAGAGGAAGGCUUUAGCCGGGACAGCGGGGGGCUCCGGGGGAGUUACGAGGAACAUGUGCCGUACACACACAUGAACGGGGGGAAGAAAAACGGCAGAAUCCUUUCUUUACCCAGAUCUAGCCCAUCCUAACAGUUCCUCCCGCUUCGGCUUUCUUUAUUGUUUUUUUUUUUCUUUUUUCAAGUUGUUUUAAUUGUGCGGUUUUUUUGCAGAGGCCCUUAAAACACAGAUCUCAGGUCUAUUUUUAUUUUUUUGGACUUCCUUCCUGCUGCCGUGACAUGGUGAUACCUGGAUGUAGACUUUUUAAUUGUCAUCCAAAUCGCCAUUUGCUUUGUCUCCUUUCAUUUAAUUUCUCUUUUGCCAAGUUUUCCUGGUGGAUGGAGAAGAAAAACUGUGAAUAUGAACCUCUAAUAACCAGAGAAGCUGCUUCAGCUAAACCUUCUCAGAGUCUCUCCCUCCCCAACCUUGUGCUCUUUCCUCAUCUGCUUAUUUUUUUAAAAUACAAAUUAUUUUCAGAUAGUGGCCUUUUUUAUCAGUGACCUACAAACAAACCACAGUGCAAAGCGUCUCCACGCUUGGAUCCGCUGCCACUUCUUAGCCGCAACUGCCGCAUUGUUGCAGAGGGACGGCACAAACACUCUUAGAACAAAACGUUGUCUUUAUCAUGGAGGAACCUCAUUGUCUUUGUCCUGGAGCGUUUUGGAUUCACGCUGACUUGUCUGGUGUUUGGUUGAAUAAGUUUUAAUUUAUUGGCUUCAUUUGUAUUUUUCCUGUCUAUCAGUUUUUUCUGUAUCCUUUUUUUUGUAUAACUGAAGGAUAUUUAAACAGUUACGGAUUGGACAAAGGUGUUCCUCAGACUGACCAAAAGCUGCUGCUUUGAUAUAUAGUUGGGUAUAUAAAUAUAUAUAGAAUAUUGAUGGGUGUCAAUAUUUUAUAUAUAAUACACAAAUAUGAAUUUUUGUACAUAGUACAUUUUUCUUUGUCUUCAUCGGAUAUCAUGUUUUCUUUUAGUGUUUAUUUUACUCUUAAAAUUCACUUACUGAACAGAAUCACUGCUCGAUACUAACAGACACACAAUACCUUUAAUUAUAAAGUCCAACAUGUAAGGGUUGAUUUUUUUGGGCGUUUUAGCAGGAGAGAGAAUAAAGAGCUCAAGUUCUUUAACAAAACAAUACUUUCUGCUAAAUAUCAUUGAUAGAUAUCGUGACCUGUUUAAGUACAUUUUUACUAGUUAUGUUGGUUUGUUUACUUGUAGGUGGUUUAGAAAAGGAAAUCUGGAGGGGUUCAGUAGCUCCUGAGUGAUAUGUUGAGUGUUAGAAAGAAAUGGAAAUAAUAGUGUGGCUUUUUAAAGAUUUAUGAACAAGUCACAUAACAACUGGCCUUUUCUGUACUUUUAUUGACUGCAUUUCUUUGUGCUUGGGUUGGAUCUGCUAAAAUUUACAUUGUCUGUACAAACUGGGGCAGCUAAUUGCUAGCAAGCAUCAAACUUGUGUUGUAACUAGGGAUGGGAUGGUUUGCAUUAUGCUAAUGAUUAUUACUACUGUUUAUGCCAAGUCUGUGUCUAAUUAGACUAAAAUUAAAUAUGGGAAAAAAGUGAAGUAUUUACAUGUAAACAUGCUGAAAUAUUAUACAAUACAGUUCUAAGUAAAAGUUUAACUAAAGUAUUUGAAUAACAUAAUGCCCCUGACUAGUACUUAACCCUGUUAAAACAUAGGUAAAUACUGUAGCUAAAUUUUACCACUGUUUAUUAGGAAUAUCUUCCCAUCCCUUGUUGUGACAUCUCUUAAGAUGGUGCGAGUAAAUGUAGGGGCUGGAUGUUAAUCGGCUAAGCAACAUCAUAACUCAUUACACCUAAAACCCAAACAUCCCCCUGAGCCUUCCCCAGAUUUCUCAACCAAACCUCACAGCAGGGCGUCACACCACAAGUCACGAUAAUGACUCUGAUCAUCACGUAAUCUGUGUAAAGUUUCAGUUUGAACAAAUUAGACAGAUAAGCUGUCUAUUUAAGGGAAGUGUGGUGGACCUGACAUCACUCUAGUGUCCACAUGACAGCAUUUGGGUUGCCAGAACAAACGUUUCAUAAUUAUCUUUACAGCCCUACUACAUGCUCAGUUGCUUUAGCCCCUAUUAAUGUGCCUUUUUUGUCAGUCUGAGUCUAAAAGGCUAAAUAAAGUGUGUUAUCUGUUGUGUAGUAGGGUUUAGGCGACAUUGACUAGAUGUGUUUGUGCUGGUGGAUGUGUUUAUUUGGACAGGGAAAGAGUAUGUUAAGCCUAGAUGAAUACUUUGAAACAUAGGUUAGCCAAAAAUACUAACAUGGCUAAUAUAAGGGGGUCAGUUGAGCCCUAUUAUUGGUGGUUUAAAUAGAAAAUGCCAAAUAGCCCCAUAUUUAGUGAAACUAUGCCCAAAUAAGUAUAACAUUAUUUAUUUAAAGUAAAAACAGAAAUAGCAAUAUUAAAAGCAUUUCCUCAAUGUAGACUAAAGGUAAUUACUACUAGCUCCUGACUACAAUAUGUCUUAAACACCAGCUGGUCUUGAGCUGGACCUUUUAGCAAGUAUGCAAAGUUGAGCCUCUAAGAUUAGAUCCUUCAUUAACUUCAGGCUAAAGUAAUAAUUUGAAUCAUAUAUCAAAUCAUUUUCCUGUCAGAAAUAGGGCUGCAAUGAUUACUCAACAUAAUUGUCAAUGCUGACUAUACAAAUUAGUUUUCAAUGUCAUUGUUGAUGUGCCAUUAAUGUGUAAAGGAUUGUAGUGUUGUAGAGAAAUGCGCACACACACACACACACACGUACACACAACUUGCUCUCCAUGUCUCCAAAAGUGUAAACAAGACAACACCCAGCUCAUUAUACAUUUAAACAUAUUCUCAGCAUUUAAGUCCCAUAGUGCCUUCUGUUGUCUUUGGAGCGAUGUAGAGACAGCAGGCUGCAGCCAGGGAUGCUAGGACUAGUAUAAAAAAAAUCUGCUCAUCAGAAGCUUAAACUAGCCCAAAGUCUAAGGUUGCCACAGCUGUUAACAACACAGUCCAUUUUUAUUUUGAAAUGUUUCCAAUCAAGACUAUUUGUUUGCCACAAUAAACAUAACCAAAUCUAGGACUAUAAAACAAGGAAAGGCAGGAAAACCACAAACCUCACAACGCUGGUUACAGAGUCAAUUCAAGUGCGCAAUAUAGGAAACAAAUAUUAAUACUUAAAGAAGUGAAUAUUAAUAAAUAAACAAAUAAAAAAUAAUAAACUUAAUGGCAAUAUACAUGAAUUCCCUUUUCCCUUCAAAACAUAUAGAAAUUAGCAUGUCAUGCUAAUCAGAGCAUAAGUAUUGUUUGCUUUCCUGCUCCAGCUUUACUAACUUCCAGGUAAUGUAAGAGCACAGUAUUCUGUACACCAUUUCUGAAUAGACUGUGGAUAUUACAGAAAUACUCAACAUUUGUUGUAUUAUACUACUACUGUUUAUUUUUAGCCAUGUUUGCACUUUUGGCUAACCCAGUAUUAGUAUUAAUCGAGAAUUUACCAUACAGGUGUGGACUGAUGCCUUUUAAACUGAUUUUCUGACUGGAGUAAAACAGCUGGAGUAAAACAGCUGGAGUAAAUCUUAAGUGACUAUUUCAACGUUAUUUCCCCAAAGUGGCCACAUUUAGGUAUGAAAUCACUUAUAUUGAAACAAGAAGAAAUGGUUAUUACCAACUUUCUCAUAUGAUUCAAAGAGAGCAUAUCAUUGAGAAAGAGAUAAUUUAUUUAUUUUAAUUUAACAUUUACCAAUGUAUAAAGCCCUACUAGCUUUUAUUACAAUUUUAAGGCGGGUAAAUUAGUUUUUUAAUUAGUAUUUUAUUAUUUUUUCCUUCUACAGCGCGAGAUGCAGGUUGAAAGAACAGUUGGUGUAGUAAUGAUGAUUAGGUGUUUUUGUACGUUUGGACACAGUCUACCUCAGUAUUUUUUCAGAGUAUAGUACAGCCAAGUGCGUCUCUCUCCAACGCCCAUUUAAUUUUAUUUUUUCACAAUUGCCAUUCAGGCCAGGUCAGCCCUGAUUAUAGUUUAAGAUUCCAAAAUCAACGUCUUACAUUGAAUGCCUUUUCCUCAAUGGCCAAUCUGUUUAGUUGACAUAAUUUAUUUAUUUAUUAAUUGUUUUCCUCAUAUAUAGACAAAUAUAAAUUUGUAUUAAACCCCAAAGAUUUGACUGAUCCCUAAACAGUUUUUACACCUUCACCCUCACUGUCAGUUGCCCUGAGCCCUGGUGUAUAUAUGUGUAUUUGCAGGCUGGAGUUUUUAGUUGGCCUUGUAUUUUCACUGUUUGUAAUUAAUUCAGCUUAAUGCUGUGGUGAUUUCUUUGGUAUUUGAGACCCUGUGUACCCUACUAUUCUUCAGUUGGAAUGGGGGUAGGGGGGGGGUUCCUGUCUAAAUCACAAAAUUGUAUAGAAAAGAGAAAUGAAAAACGGUGAGGUUAAGAUAUCCAAAUUGCUAAGUUUUAAGAACCUGAGCUGCAUAAAACUUGUUAAUAUGCAAAUACAUAGUUCAGAGUAUAUAUAAUAUACGUUUAUACAAUCAUACAAUUACGUGACCCUAUUUAUUUAUUUACUGAAUUAAAGAAACACCACCCUCCCCCCCCCCCCCCCUCUCUGCAAUUUGUCCCAGUAGGGAGCAAGGCCCUCAGUUGGAAUACCUAUGCCUUCCAGUAUGUAUAAGCUCACUGUAAUGGCUUUAUAGUGAUUGGUUUGUCCAGGAUUCAUGACCUUUGUCCAGUAGUUUGUUUUGUCCUGCAGAAUGAAAUCUCCAUCAUACCCUGUUUAUGUCCAAUCAGAAACUGAGCUUUUGUAUGCUCUAAAUGUGAUUGUGCUGAUCUUGUGUUUUCCAUCCAUUUGUUUUCUGUCAGUGUAACUCUUUUUUUUUUACUGUGAAAUGUGAGAAAUAUCACAUCAAUGGGCUUGGGGGGGAAACGGACAGUACUGGCCUGCCUCCUCUUUCUGCAUGAGUUAACUUAAAUGAGCUCUUCUAGGAAAAUCCUGUGUGCCAAAAAAAGAAUUUCAAAUGUCAUUCAAUUUAAUUUUUUUUUUUGUAAUGAAAAUUUCGGAUUGCAGAAUUCUCAGGGAGGCGCAAGCUCGGGUGGGCGGGGGAGGGAGAGGGAUGGCCUGUUUGCUCUCUUUGCCUCUUGACCAUGCUGGAGAUCAUGUAGCGCUCCCUCUGGUGGACAGUCACUGUAAGCAUGCAGCCGGAUGGAUAAUGUAGCUUAGGGCCCAGAGCCGCAGUGCCUUGGACAAACUCAAGCAUCCUUGAAACCAAACCCAGCCAUCAGACUCCCUGGACCGAACUUCCGGAGUGUUAAACACAUCUUAAACACCUUUUCAUGUUUUUUGUUUUGUUUUUCAGCAUAGUCUGAGUAAAAGGCGAACUUUGGGUUAAAACGUUUUUCUGCUUGGCUCAAUAUUACUGUAUUGAUAUGUGAAUUAAAUUCUUUUCAGUUUUAUUUUGAAAGCUCAACUUUUCUCUGCUUGAAAUUGCUGCGGCUUGCUGUGUACAUCCGAAGAAUCGUCCCAGCAAAUAUCAUUUUAACAGAAAAUAAGUGGCUUCUUUAUGCAGCUCCCAUUUGAUUCACUCAAAAAGAUUAUUUUUGUCUAAAUAAAAUGAGUGUAUAAUUUUUACCUUUUUUAUAAAUAUUAAUUAUAGAAACAUUAAUAAAUGAGUAGUCUCAUACUGUAAAUAGCAGCAUGUCCCCUACGAACAGAAAAACACUGAAUUUUUGGUAUGUUUGACAAAAAAAGGAAAAAAGACAUUUAAAAAAAAAAAUCUGCGGUUGGACAGAGCAAGCUGGAAGCUCAUUGUGGGCCGAGGACAAGACAUUGUAUGUAUUUUAUUGUUUAAAAAAGUAUUACACUUAGAGAUGUUCAUUUCUAUUUUUUUAGUCAACAAACGGAGGGCAAAUUCAAAAAAGUACUUUUCUGACUGUAAACUUUUGCUAUUCUUGUACAUUGAAAUGAAAUUUGCAUUAAUAGUGUAUAUAACUUUUUGUUUUUGAAGUUGAUAAGUGUGUUGUCCCACGGUCGUAGAAUAUGUUUAUUGCGAUAAUGAGAGAAGUGUUUGGCCCCUAAAUUUCUCAUUUUCUUGUACAGUCACUCGAUGUUUAAUGAUUUUACCAGGCUUUAUAUCACAAAUUCCCAAACUUUUGUAUACUUACUUGGUUUGAUACAUUUGGCAAAUACCCAAAACUAACUGUUUAUUUGCAGUUUGGAAAACUGGAAAAGACCACUGCAGUUUCCUUUAGGGAGUAACUGCUAUUGGAAUAAGCUAUACAGUUAAAAUCUUCAGAUUUGAAUAUUCUUUAUCUGAAACAGUAGAAACCAUGCAAGUUACAGGUUGCAUGUUGCCUUUUAUUUGUGUGUUGUUGUGUCUUGAUCUAAGGCAAAAAAUCAGAAUUACUCCCUGACCCCUGUCCCUUUCUUAGUCAGGCUGAGUUUUGCUGUAAUGAUGGCGUCUGUUAGUGUAAAUUGUGUAAAAAUGUUUCUUUAAAUGUGCCGAUCAGGUUGAAAGACAUUAAAUGUACAAAUAUAUUACACCAACACAAUCAGGCUCUCCAGGCUCUGCCCACAAAUGCAUUCUUUUAGUGCUACUGUUGCUAGACUGGACAAGGUGUACAGAGGGCUGUUAAAGCUUCAACUCAAAUUCAACUCAAAAGAACAGCUGUUCUACAUUCAAAGGAUCAGAACUAUUGUUUAGAAUUUAUGUGUUUUAAUUCACCCUAACUCAAUAACGAUAGCACACAAGUUAUUUUUUAAAUAUAUAUUUUUUUCCAUUUUUUCUCUGAAGAAUAGUUAUUAAAUUCCAAUAUUAAAAGGCUCCUAUAUUUAUAUUAUUUAUAAGUAUAUCUAGAGGACAUAACUUCAGGACAUAUGUGUACAUAUUUAAAUAAAUCCUACAAAUUGAGUUAGUUUAGCUGUAAGUUAGUUAGUCUGUUACCUUGAAUUUACUGACCGCUCACCAUUUUACCGUUACUCCAUUAAAUUAAACAUGAGAUAACAGUGAUCAAUAAUGUUGAGAUAUAGAUUAAAAUUUACACAGAGAAAUAUUUCAGUCUGCUAACCUUUGAAUUUAAACAUGUUCACCUUCAUUAAAUCUAGAAAACUGUAUAUGAAGUUAGCUAGCUGACACAAAGUGUCUAACUAAAUAAGAUGUGAUCCCUGUGUGGGGUGUGCUUUAGCCUUUAGGAUACAGUUUGCAGUGUACAGUGCUAAUUCUGACUAGGCUGAAGGGAGUUUGUAACAACAUAAAAACAAUAGCUACUAUCAUUACACACAAAAAAUUAACACUAAGUUUAGGAACUGAACUGAACAGAAACAAAGCAUUUUGGAAGCAUUGUGUGUGAAGCGAGCAACCAUGGCAAUAUAAAAGUGUGUGUGUAUCUGUGGGUGAAGCAUGUACUUGUGGUUUACCUGUGUUGGGCAGCAAGUGUGUUAGUGUAAUAUAUUUUAUUAACACAAUCGUUUGAAUAAAAUUUUCACAGAUCAUUUUC